GAGAGCACAUGCCUGAGUAGCAGCGGAUGGUGACACUGGUCACAGAAAACACGUCUUCAGGGCAUUGCAAUGCUGAGGAUCCAUGGCAUCAGGGCCUUUGCUGAAGGGGUGUACAGGUGCCCCUUCAGAGAGGCCUUCCUACAGCUGAGAGUGGCUGCCCUGGGCUCUGACCCUCACAUCGGCAUGGAGGUUCAGGAAAAUGGAGAGAUCCGGCUGGAGUGUACCUCUGUGGGGUGGUACCCAGAGCCCCAGGUGCAGUGGACAACUCGUGCAGGGGAGAAGUUUUUGUCCACAUUUGAGUCCAGGAGUCCUGAUCAAGAGGGUCUUUUCACUGUGGCAGCUUCAGUGAUCAUCAGAGACACCUCCCUGGAGAAUGUGUCCUGCUGCAUCCACAACCUGCUCCUUGGCCAGCAGAAGGAAGUAGGGAUUUCCACAUCAGCACUUGAAACAUUUGAUGCCUCCAUUGUUCACAUGGAAAUCCACCAUCCUUCAGAUCGUUCAGCCCUCUUAGGGAAACCUUUCGCUUACUACUUGGUUUUCAAGGAACCAGGAUGUCUUCAACCAAUGUAAUCUUGCCGUGGAGUGUCACAGUAUCACAGAACCAUUGAGAUCUCAGCUGUGUCCGGAGGCAAAAAUGGAGUUAAUGUUUCGUCAUAUCACAGCCAGCCUGUAGGCAAGAAGACUGGGCCUAAUCAUAAUUUAAUUGUGAAAUGAUUUUUCAUCCAAAUUAUGUAGAACGGCUCCCGAUAGUAAUUGGUUUGAUUUUGUUCAUUUUCCAAAGAAACUCAUACAAGGGCUUGGGAAAUUGAAUUUUUUUUUUUUUCUCCAUUGCUCCACACACAACCCUCUUACAAACCUUUCUGUUACUGUGGAAUGGGAAAGAUACAGUUGUGUACACACUAGCUCCUCUUUACAUCUCCAGGGUUCUGCUCAGUAUUUCAAAGCUCUAGGAGACAUGAAAAUGAAUUUGAUAGCUUUUUAGUGAUGAGCAUGAAAGAGAGGGUGCUAAUGUUCCAGAUUUUUUCUUGGGUGACAGUAGCUCUUUUGGAAAUUGACCUCAAGCCUGGCUCACCUCUUGCUCCUUCCCCAGGUCCCUUACAGACACAGCUGAGACUAUGGCUGAUUGGGAGGAAGGGAGUCAGACACUGAGUGGACCUGGGGGUGGUGAAGAGAUGGGUGGUAUUGGAGACUAGUAACAGGCUAGAGAGUCUGAGAAUAUCUGUUUGUUUCUACAAAGUUUCCCAUUUCCAUAGAGAGUUGUUUUCUGAAUCUCACAGCAUUUGAUCUCUGUAUUCCCCUUUCUCUCUCUCUUUUAAAUCUCUUCCUCUACUUUCCCCUCUCCUUCCUUUUGUCCUCCUCUUCCUUCUCUCCUUUCCUCUCUCCUCCCUCAUCCUUGCCAGUAGAUAGUUCCCAAUAUACUGACAGCUUCCUGAUCUCUUUAAGAGAUUGUGUUUCAGCUUUGUUUCUCCUCAGUGACAGUUCUGAGGCUGGAGUUUCUAGUUCCGCAAAUCACUCAGAGUUCCCAGGAAGACUGAGCCCAGGAAAGCUGCCCAGGUAAAAAUACUCCCUUUAUUAUUAGUUAUUCCUGCCACAUUUCCUUAUAGUGUUUUCUACGACCACAUCCCAAGUAAAUUACAGUGGACC